CUCGGCUUAAACCCCCAUAGGGUUUUGGUGACUUAUCGUUGAACAACUUUCUAGGGAUAGACCCUCCCUCUCUCGCUCUCGCUCUCGCUCUCGCUCGCUCGCCCGCUCGCGAUUCUAAUGGCUCCUGCUCUGAGUAGAAGCCUAUACACAGGUCCUUUGACGUCUCUUCCCCUUACCUCGGCUUCUUCUCUCAGAAACCGGAUCCGGGUCUCUAAUCUCAGAAGUGCGUUUGUGCCGCGUAGCGUUCUCAGAACCGGCGUUUCGUGUAACGGGUCGAGGUUGAACCCCGGGAAGAGGUGCACCCGCCUCGCCGUCCGGUGCGAUGCGGCGGUGGCCGAGAAAGAGACGGCUGGAGCCUCCGGCGAGAAGUUCGAGUACCAAGCCGAGGUUAGUCGCUUGUUGGAUUUGAUUGUCCAUAGCUUGUACAGCCACAAGGAGGUGUUUCUCAGGGAGCUUGUAAGCAAUGCAAGUGAUGCUUUGGAUAAGCUGAGGUUCUUGAGUGUUACAGAGCCUUCUUUGCUGGGAGAUGGAGGAGAGCUCGAGAUUCGUAUCAAGCCUGAUCCCGAGAAUGGGACAAUUACCAUAACCGAUACUGGUAUUGGAAUGACAAAGGAAGAACUUAUAGAAUGCCUCGGGACUAUUGCUCAGAGUGGUACUUCCAAAUUCUUGAAGGCUCUUAAGGAAAAUAAGGACCUUGGUGCUGACAAUGGUUUGAUUGGCCAGUUUGGUGUUGGGUUUUAUUCUGCUUUCUUGGUUGCUGAAAAGGUUGUUGUUUCCACCAAAAGCCCGAGAUCCGACAAGCAAUAUGUUUGGGAAUCAGUAGCUGACAGUAGCUCGUAUUUGAUUAGGGAAGAAACAGACCCUGAGAAUAUUCUACAUCGGGGAACACAAAUCACACUUUACUUGAGGGAGGAUGAUAAAUAUGAAUUCUCGGAACCUACGAGAAUCAAGAAUCUUGUUAAGAAUUAUUCUCAGUUUGUCGGGUUUCCCAUCUAUACAUGGCAGGAGAAAUCAAGGACCGUGGAGGUCGAAGAGGAUGAACCGGCUAAAGAAGGAGAUGAAGAGAAGGAGGGUGAGACCAAAAAGAAGAAGACUACUAAAACCGAGAAGUAUUGGGAGUGGGAACUUGCCAAUGAAACAAAACCUAUAUGGAUGCGCAAUGCAAAAGAAGUGGAAAAGGAGGAGUAUAAUGAGUUUUAUAAGAAGACUUUCAAUGAGUUCCUGGAUCCGCUUGCCCACACACACUUCACUACUGAGGGUGAAGUUGAGUUCAGGAGCAUCUUGUAUGUCCCGGGGAUGGGUCCUCUCAACAACGAGGAUGUGAUAAACCCGAAAACAAAGAACAUACGUUUGUAUGUGAAGCGUGUAUUUAUCUCUGAUGACUUUGAUGGGGAGCUGUUCCCGAGAUACUUGAGCUUUGUUAAGGGUGUGGUGGACUCAGAUGAUCUUCCUCUUAACGUUUCCCGUGAAAUUCUUCAAGAAAGCAGAAUUGUAAGAAUCAUGAGAAAGAGACUUGUGAGGAAAACUUUCGAUAUGAUACAAGAAAUCUCUGGAAGCGAAAACAAAGAGGAUUAUAAGAAAUUCUGGGAGAAUUUUGGGAGGUUCCUUAAAUUGGGAUGUGUAGAGGACACUGGUAACCACAAACGUAUCUCGCCGUUGCUUAGAUUCUACAGUUCCAAGAGCGAAGAUGAGCUCACAAGCUUGGAUGAAUAUGUGGAAAACAUGGUUGAGAACCAAAAGGCCAUCUACUACCUUGCAACUGACAGCUUGAAAAGUGCCAAGUCGGCUCCUUUCUUGGAGAAAUUAGUCCAAAAAGACAUCGAGGUUCUUUACUUGGUUGAACCAAUCGACGAGGUUGCCAUUCAGAAUCUACAGACCUACAAAGAAAAGAAAUUUGUGGACAUCAGCAAGGAAGAUUUGGAGCUCGCAGGGGAUGAAGACGAGGUGAAGGAAAGGGAGACAAAACAGGAGUUCAAUCUUCUUUGUGACUGGAUAAAACAACAACUUGGUGAAAAAGUUGCCAAAGUCCAAAUCUCGAAGCGCUUAAGCUCUUCUCCAUGUGUUCUCGUCUCUGGCAAAUUCGGAUGGUCGGCUAACAUGGAAAGGCUAAUGAAGGCUCAGGCACUGGGAGACACUUCGAGCUUGGAGUUCAUGAGGGGUCGGAGAAUUCUAGAGAUUAACACCGAUCAUCCCAUCAUCAAAGACUUGAAUGCUGCGUGCAAGAACGCUCCUGACAGCAGUGAGGCAAAGAGAGCUGUGGACCUGUUGUAUGACACUGCACUGAUCUCAAGUGGAUUCACUCCCGACAGCCCGGCCGAAUUGGGUAACAAGAUCUACGAGAUGAUGGCAAUGGCAGUGGGAGGAAGAUGGGGCCGAGUUGGAGUAGAAGGAGAAGAAGAGGCUGCUUCUUCAAGCUCAGAAGAGAGUGUCUCGAGUGAAGGAGAUGUGAAGAAUGCUGAAGCAGAAGUGGUGGAGCCAUCAGAAGUCAGAGCAGAGAAUGAUCCAUGGCAGGAUUGAUCCAUUUCAAUCAUAAUUCGCAAUGCCCAACGAGUUUUUGACAUCCAGCGAGGGGAUAUUAAUAAGAUCCGGACAAAGGGCUUUACGUGUUGGGAGAAUUUUGAUGGGGUUCGUAGAUUGGUCCGAGCAAAUCUGUUCAUGUUCUGUAAGACUAAUCUAUAAACGUUAUGCUUGUCAAAGGACGAGAACUGGAAAACUAUGGCCGACGACUUUUUUAAAAUUAAAUUAAAUUAAGCCUGUAAUAUUAUCCCAU